AUGCCCAUGAUGAUGAUCAGCGACUUCUUCAGUUUUCUGAGCUUCCAGGCCUGUGCUUCCGCGCAAGAUGAGGAAGUGCUUGAAGUGGUGGACACUGAGAACGGCCUUGAUGGCAUGAGGCAGGCUAUGGGAGCAACUCCAUCCACCGACUGUCCUUCGGAGGCUGAUGUGCCAUGCUCCGCUGACGUCCACGCUUGCCGUAUGGACAUCCUGAAAAGGUUUGAGGCAUCUGAGAUCGGCGAGAGUGGCGGUGCCUUGCUUGAUGAGUGCUGGGAACGAGUGUCUCACUUUCUUCCUGCUCAAGAUUCUGGGAGACUCUGGGCCACCCGUCGGCAGCCUCCGACAGAGGCCCUGGCUCGGAUCUUGCACAUGCCGCGGGAGAGGCGCUGGGCGUUGCGCUACGAGGAACCUUUGUCUGCGGAGCAGUGGGUGGAAUAUGGCGUAGAGACGUGCGAGCUGACCGUUCACCGGCAGGAGGUCAAUCUGCUAUGCACAGAAUACUCGUAUUUGGAGACUGGUUCACCAGACGAUGGCUGGAAAGAGUUCUGGGAAUCCUAUAACGAUACGCCCGCCGUCUGCUUCAGUUCUCUGAAUGAUAUGUGCAUUGCCUUCAUGUCAAUGUGCUCCUGCUGA